AUGUCGCGCUUCGACGAGUGGUGGAUUCUUCUCGAGAGCCACGUGGGGCCUCGCGACAACCUCAUCUUGGUGGCUCCUGUGCUCAUAGGUCCUGUGAUGUGCACUCCGGAGGUGCCCGCGGGGGAGCAAGCUUCGCCGAGUGCUCCCGAGGUGGCCACUGGAGAGCGGGUGCCACCACUAUCUCCUGAGGUGGCUGCUGGAGAGCAGGCGCCACCGAGGGCUCCUGAGGUAGCCGCUGGUGAGCAGGCGCCACCGUGCGCUCCUGAGGUGACGGCCUCCGCCCCAGAGGCGGCAUGGAAGGAGCCCCGCCCACGGGCGCCGCCGCCACCCUUUCCACGAAUGGCUGCGCGCCGGCCUGCGGGGUGCCCCUUCUAG